AUGACGCAGUUUCCACAGCCGCCAUACCCUUUGCAUGAAUCCGUCAAGGAUAGACUGCAUCCAGAGUAUGUCGCAUUCUACAACCAGUACUUGAUCAAUGCGCCGCAAGUGCACUACCAACCGGUGGCUGCUUCACGUGUCGGCGGCAAGAUCAUCCCCGGAGGAAGCGAUCCGCUCCCAGUCGGCAAGACUGAGGAUAUCUUCCUCAAAAGACAAGAGACAGAAGGCCCAGACGUUGCCAUCAGGUGCUUCACACCAGAGGGCGAGGCCCCAAGUUCUGGCUGGCCUGUCCUGAUAUACUAUCACGGUGGUGGUUGGGUGUUGGGCAACAUCGCAACGGAGAACAGUGUAUGCACGAACGUGUGCGUGCGCUCGAAAUGUGUUGUUAUCACGACUGACUACCGGCUUGCCCCGGAACACCCAUGGCCAGCUGCAGUGCAUGACUCCUGGGAGACCGUACUGUGGGUAGCAGGUGAAGGCAAGAAGGUCCUCAAUCUAAAUUUAAGCAAGGUGGCCAUCGGAGGGUCCUCUGCGGGAGGCAAUCUCGCCGCCAUUAUGACACACAAAGCUUUAUCUCGCGACAUCAACUUUGCACUUCAAUUACUUAUCGUCCCUGUCACUGACAACACAGCUACUGUUGCCACCAACUCCACCUACAAGGACUGCGAGUUCACAGCAGCGCUUCCUGCUGAGAAGAUGCUCUGGUACCGUAGGCAUUAUCUUCCUAAUGAGAAGGACUGGCCAAAUCCGGAGGCAUCCCCUCUACUGUACCCUUCAGAGAACUUUGCAAAGCUUCCCCCAGCAGUUGUCAUUGUGGGGGAGCUUGAUGUAUUGCGAAGUGAAGGCGAGCAAUAUGCCGAGAAACUCAAGGCAGCGGGUGUGAAGCAGGAAGUUCAUGUUAUGGGAGGUAUGCCACAUCCCUUCUUGGCUAUGGAUGAAGUGCUGGAAGCUGGUAGGAAAGCUAUCACAAUUCUAUGUGAUUCUUGCGCGGCGACUUUCUCAAAUUAG